GAACGUCUGUUGUUCGCAGUCGCCUCAGAGCGGCUGUGACAGUGGACUGCUUUGAUUCAUGCUGUUGUGGAGCCUCCUUUUUGGAUUUGGAGAACAAUUAAUGCGAGCAGAACAGAGCGCAUGAAGGAUGAGAAGAUGAAUGUGGAGGCUCUAAGCAGAGCAGAGCUGCUGACUCUCCUCAGUGUCCUGGAGGGAGAGCUGGAGGCUCAGGAUGUGGUCAUACAUGCCCUCAGGGCUCAGCACAGAGAUGCUUUCGUCCAGGAGCGCUACGGCCAGUAUGAUCUCAGCGAUCCAUUCCUGGCCCUGCAGCGGGACAACGAGUCCGCGGAGCGCCAGGACACGCUCACCCAGCCUCACGCGCACCUGCAGGGCCGGGCGGUGGGCCCAAGCCCUCUGGCUGUGCUUAAACUGGUUAUGGCUCACUGCAAGAGGAUGCAGGAGAGGAUGAUGGGACAGCUGGCCGCUGCUGAGAGCAGACACAGGAGGAUGAUAGCUGAUCUGGAGGAGGAGAAACGACGGCGUGCCCAGGAGUCUGCGCACAGUGAUGAUUUCACCUUCAGGCUGCAGACUGAAAGAGACAAACUGCUGCAACAGUUGGAAGUGCAGCAAGCAACAGUGCGGAAGUUAGAGAAGGAACAAGUGCAGGCAGUGAGCCAGGCGGAGGAGUCACUGUCCCAGCAGCAGCAGCUCUCCUCGACCCUGACCCUGGAGCUCCAGAAAGCGAGCAGCCAGGCGCAGGAGGAGGCCCAGAAGGUCACACAACUUCGCACCUUGCUGCAAGAGGAGACCAGCGCCCUGGAGAAGCUCCGGGGGGUUCUCGAAGAUGAAAGGAGCAGGGCAGCCCAGCUAGAGGCCAGGUCCGAGAGGCAGCUGGCUGAGUUCGACACGGAGCGAGAGCAGCUGAAAGCCCGGAUCGGCAAAGAGGAGGAGAGGAGUAGGGAGCUUGAGAGACAGCUGGAGGAGCUGCGGAAGAGGUUAACUGAAACUGGAGGAUGUAAAGAGGAGGUAAAGGAGGCUGCGACAGAGGCGAAGGAAUCACUUUCCCAGACGACGGUGGUGUCCACCUCCGUUCAGACUGAGCCUGACGGAAAGAUAACGGUCGCUCCUAAAUCGUCUUCACUGUCAAAGGUCAAUGGCCAUCACACACAUAAAGAGACGGAGCCGACACAGGAGGGGAGAGGAGCAGAAAAUGGAAGCGUGGUAGAGAAUGGGGGAGGAGCACCUUUACAUUCCCCUCUUCACCCUCAUCCACACACUCACCCUCACUCUCCCUCCAGCACGGCCUCCUCUUCCCUCUCCUCUUCUCCAAUUUCCUCACCCGUUCUCGCCAAGCGUCUGGGCAGCCCAGGCUUCCAUCAAUCCUCCUACCAGGCUGGUGUCAACCAGCGAUUCCAGGCGGCCAGGCACAAGUUCCAAAGCCAGGCCGAACUGGAGCAGCAGCAGCAUGGCGGCCCUCUGUCACCCAGGGACCUCUCCCCCACCACCACCUCCUCCAUCCCUCCCCCACUGGAGCACAGCUCAGCUAAGCAGCUGGCCCGCAACACUGUCACUCAGGUGCUGUCCCGCUUCACCAGCCAGCAGGCCGGCGUCAAGCUGGCGCCAAUCAGCAGCUCUCCAUUUGGUACGGACUACCGCAACCUAGCAGCCUCUCCUCCUGGGGGGAGGUCACCGUCUUCAGGGCCUCUGUCACCUGGCAUUCGCUCCCCGCUCACUCCUCGCUCAGAGAGGACCCAUCCUCCUCCGAUCCCGCCCAAGAAGCCAGGCAUGAGUCCAACUCCAGGCUCCCCAAAUCACUCAGCUCGGACCAGCCUUUUCCCAGAGCUGACGGGGAACUGCGGACACAGCAACAGUGGGCAGGACGGAGCCAAGGAGCCAGACUUGGUUUUGUCGUCUAGCAGCUAACGGCCACAUCGAAUAAACAAACUCUUGAAUAAGUCAGGCCUAAAUCAGCAGUUACUGUAAUAGUCAUCUUUGCCAGCCCUUAAAGCAACUUUUCAGCACACAUAAUCAGUAUGCUUCAAAGCUGGACUGGUUAAAACAGAUCCCUACCUCUGCAUAACAACCUGAGGAAAAAUCGGAGAACUAUUUGAAAAUAUAGUAUAUUAUGAUUUUUUUAAAAAUAUUACUAUUAACAUUCCUGCCUCUAUUCCUUUAUAUAGAUUUUUUUAAGUUCUAGAUUUAAGAUAUUUAUGUUGUUUUCCACUUUAACCCUUUAUGAAGGGUGUUUAGAAAUCAUAUAUACUGUAUAUAAAGACACCAAGCUGACCUGUUUGGUUCUGAAGAACAAAAUGUUAACAAGAUUUCAUAGUACAGUACAACACUCCUUUUUUCUUUUCCUUUAAUGCUCACAUUGCCAGUCCUGUUAGCAUAAUGAAAGACUCUUGUCAGAGGCAACACUGUAUAGCGAGUAGAAGGGCUAAAAUAUAUGAAUGCAUAGUUUAGCAAACACGUAGCGAUCACCGUUCCACGAUAAACGAGUGAGUAGUUUUUAAAUGUUUUUCCAGUAAAUCCUUAACGCAGUUCCUGUUGAGACGGCCCAUGAAGACUAUUAGACUGUAAAUAGACGAAAGAAUUCAAAGUUGAUUUUCUAUGAAUGAACAUCACAUGCAUGUGUUUUUUUUCUAUUACACUUGUCAUGAAUACACUGAAACUUCGAAGGGAGAGCACACUUUGUACUACAUUACUGUAUAAAACUGUAUGUAUACUUUUUUUUUUAAUUCAGGGAAGGUUCAUUUCUGCUUUACCCAAACCAAGGACUGUUUUACGAUUAUGUGUCUUUGGAGAUAUUCCAUCAGUAAAAUAGCGGUGACGAAAGGUUUGCAUUUUGCUACUGUAACUGUUUCUAUAGUACUGUAUGUGUCAAAUCAUUUACAUACAUGUAGUGUUGUGUCCUGUCCUAACAGUGCUACACAUCAGAUGUUUGUCUUAGGUUUACCAUGUUUUUUUGUUUGUUUUCUGGCUUUAAAAUCAAGUGAUUGAAAUUAAAUCUGCAGAUUUCUACACAGUU